CACGCUGUUCAUUGCUGAAUCCUCGUUGGCAGUUGGACGGUGCUGCGAGCGGUUUGGGUUGCGGCCGGCGGCGAGCGCGAGAGGACUGCCGAGUCCCGAGCGCGCUGCUGCGGCCGAUGUCGAAUCUCGCUCUCGCGCCGACGUCCUUUCCAUCUCCCACACCUUCUCAACAUGCCGCUGGCAGACAUUGGGCCCGCCGCGCUGCGGUCGCCGCUCCUCGCGCUGCUCGCCAGCCACGCCGAGGCGCUGGCCGUGCCGCGCGGCUCGUACGUGCUGCUGGCGCCGCUGACUGUCGCGCACGCCGUGCGCUGCUCCAUCGGCGCCCGCUCCGUGGGCCAGAAGGCGCGGCCCUCGCUGCUCGUCUCGACGGCGCUCAACCUGCUGCUGCUCUUCGGCAGCCUCUCCGUCGUCUGCGUGCUGCUCAGCAAGCCCAACCCCAUCCUGCUGGCGCCGCGCACGAUCGUGCUCUACUCGGCGGUGCAUGUGUUGCUCGAUGUGACGGGCAUGGGCGGGAGACUGCUCGAGGCGCAGAAGACGCGUGGCGGAGCUCUGGCGAUUCACCUCUACUGCUCGGCCGUCGACGCCCUCUGCCGGUCAGAGGGCAUCGCAGUGCUGGGCGUGCAGGCCGUGCGCAGCCACCCCGACCCGGCCAUCGCGUCGAGCGGCUUUGCGACCGUGCUCAUCGGCUUCCUUAUCGGCGGUGGCACCCCGCUGCUGAUAGGCCUGCUCGGCCUCGACACGCCGCACUGGGGUUGGCGCGUGCCGUCGUGGCUACAGCGUCCGUCUCUGCUGCUGCAGCCCGACAUCUGGUCGAGUGCGCUCGUCGCGGCCCUCUUCGCUGCGAUGACCUCGCCCAAGGGCUUCGCCUCGCUCUCGCAGGGCUUCUCCUCGUGGGCCAGCAAGCAGAGCCCGGCACCCAUCUUCACGGCGCCGCUCAGCCUCGGCCGCGCCCUGCUGCGCAUCGAGGAAGCCUCGCCUGCAGCCUUUGGCGCCGUCAAGGAGACGGCGUACCUGCCCGCGCGAGAGGCGCGCAUCCUCGUGGGCCUGAUGCUCUUCGCCAUCCUGGCCUCGGCAAAGCUGCACGACGCAGUAAGCUACGUGUCGCCCAAGGCCACCAGCGUCUUCGGCGGUAGCAGCAGCACAAAAGUGGGCGGGCGCAAGUCGAUUCCGAGCCCGAGCGCCACGCUCGCACAGCGGCGUGCGCAGAAGAAGCAGCAGUAAUCUAUAGAUGUCCGCAGCCU